GCCUUGUGCGUCAGUCAGAGUAGAGCGCACAGUGCGGCACUGAGAGGCACGGAGCGCACAGACGCGUCACUCUAGUGUUUUACUCCCGUGUUUACACAGAGCGACGCACGGCCGCUGCGGAGACGCUCCUCCGCAAAUCACGGACCUUAUUCUGAUUUGGAUCAAACGGUUUGACGCACCCGGAUGUUUCAGACACCACGCAGAGCUUAACGGAAAACCACCGCGUGUUUGUGGAGUCUACAUCGACCCGGGACUGCCCGGAAUCAUCUCCAGAAUCACCUCCCGGGUCACCUCCCGGAUCACCUCCGGACACCACCGGAAUGCUGCUGUCCAAACUGAACUCCCUCGCGCCGCACCUGGACAUGCCGAAGAUUCAGCUUCAAGUUCACCCAGUGAAGGAGCGCGAGCCCUUUGAGAAGCUCUACGCGGUUGGACCGGUGCUGGGCAGCGGUGGCUUCGGAACCGUCUACUCCGGAUCACGGAUCUCCGAUGGAACACCGGUGGCGGUGAAGCACAUCGGGAAGGAUCGUGUCACGGAGUGGGGAGAACUGCCGGGCGGGGCACGAGUUCCCAUGGAGAUUGUGCUUUUGAAGCGGGUGGGCACAGGAUCCCGAGGUGUGAUACGGAUGUUGGAUUGGUUCGAGCGUCCCGACAGUUUCAUCAUCGUGAUGGAGCGUCCAGAGUACGUGAAGGAUUUGUUUGAUUACAUCACGGAGAAAGGUGCCCUACCAGAGGACCUAGCUCGGGCGCUGUUCCGACAGGUGCUGGAGGCGGUGCGCCACUGCCACAAUUGUGGCGUCGUUCACCGUGACAUCAAAGAUGAGAACAUUUUGGUGGACCUCAGAACAGGAGAAACCAAACUCAUCGACUUUGGCUCUGGAGCACUGCUCAAAGACACCAUCUACACUGACUUCGACGGCACACGCGUGUAUAGUCCCCCCGAGUGGAUCCGGUACCACCGCUACCACGGCCGCUCUGCCGCCGUGUGGUCACUUGGGGUACUGCUCUAUGACAUGGUGUGUGGCGACAUCCCGUUUGAGCAGGACGAGGAGAUCGUGAGAGCACAGCCGCUGUUCCGACGCCCUCUCAGCACAGAAUGCCAGCAGCUGAUUCGCUGGUGCCUCUCUCUCCGCCCCGCCGAUCGCCCCUCCUUUGAUGACAUCAUCAAGCACUCGUGGAUGCAGGAGAGCACCCCCUAUAGCCCCGACAAGAACGGCCCUGAGAUCCUCUUGCACAGUCUGGCCCCUGAGAAGAGAGCCCCCUGCUGAUACUAUGCAUACACACACCAGCAGAGCGCCCCAGUGACGCUGCAGCAUGCUGACACAACCCACACGCAGAAACACGGUCUCGGAGAGCGCCUGGCAGAGCGCCUGGCAGAGCACCUGGGAGAGCUCCUGGGAGAGCGCCUGGGACGCACAGUCCCCGAGAGUGCCUGGGACACAUGGUCUCUGGGGGGGUGAGGUACAAGGAGAGGACCUAAAGAGCUCCACAUGUCUGCACCAGGACCAAACACUAGAGGAAGCCUUCACUGUGCGGGGCCUGAGGGGUACCUAAAGAGUGACUUAAAUGUUCAAACGUAGCUAAGGAGACGAAGGAGAGGCUCAGGCAGCCCCAGGGCUAAACACUAGAGACCUGCACUGUGACCAGAGGGACUCCAGGGGGCACCCUACAGGAGCAAUGACUCACUCGGGCCAGUGGGAGGUGCUUUCAGCUCCUCCCCUCUGAACGCUGGACUCAGAUCAAAGUUGAUUUUUGAAAUCUUUGGUCAAACCUGUGAUACUUGAAACACAAACGUUCAAUUUUUUUUAAGUUUUUGUUCAAACAAACCACAGCAGUGACCUUUGACCUCCGCACUAUGACCUCUGCAGUGCCCAAACACUGGACUUACCUUACAGCUGUCUGUUUUUACCUUCACUUUCUCUCUUUAAAGUGCACUGAACAAUGCAAAAUCAGCCAUGCCCAUCGGCCGCCCUUUGUCCAGUCAGUGCCUCAGAAACACAACUGUAAAUAUAUUUAUGCAGAUAUGUUUAUUUAUUUAUUUAUACAUAAUUAGAGCGGCUGAAAUAAGUACCGCACUUCAAAAGGAGAUGGGAGUUUAAAGGUGCACUGUGUAACUUUUUAGGUUGUGGUACCUGCCUGUAUCCAUGGAGAUGUCAUUGCUUUGCCCAGAAUGUCCCAGAGUGUGAGAUUAAACACAUAUUUAGCUACAGGUGUUUUUAAUACUCAGAAAUGCCACUGUGAGCGGGAUCGCUUCUCCACAGACAUGACUUGCUUGUCUCCGUGGAGAUCGAUAAACGUAAUGCCACACUGUGGAACCCUUCACCAAAAAGUUACACAGUGCACCUUUAAAACAUGAAACACGUUUUUGAAACAUGUUUUUACUUGAAUGAAAUAAAAUAAAACUAGUUUGAGCCCAAACUUUUCAAAUGUAAAACAUUCUGAGCAUUCUCUUGAGUAUUGUGAGUGUUUUCUGAGGCAGAUUGGAUUUGGUUUGGCCGAGGUUUUGGUGAAAUGUAAAUAAAAUUGUGUAUUUGUGGAAGCACUUCCUGUAUCUGCUGUCUGCUUUAGUGACUGUGCACCCUGCAGGCCCAGAGGAUAAUAGAAAUGUAAAUUAUUUUAGAAAAUAUUUUUAUACAAUUUUAAUAAAUAUUUUUUGUCACAAUGAUUCAC